UGAUCGAGGUUUUACAUUCGUGCCGUCGGUUCGCAGAGCAGAGCAGGAGUGGGACGGACUUGGAUGUCAGUCAAGAUCUCCCGAUGCAGCAGUAAACAUCCACAAAUCUCUCCAGCACAUUAAAGGCAACAUGACCAAGAAGCUAUGUGGGACCAAUUACCCGACCAGCAUCUGCUUCAUAGUGGUGAAUGAGUUCUGUGAACGCUUCUCCUACUAUGGCAUGAAAGCGGUGCUGACGCUCUACUUCCUCACCUACCUCCACUGGGACAAGGACCUCUCCACCGCCGUCUACCAUGCCUUCAGCAGCCUCUGCUAUUUCACCCCCUUACUGGGAGCUCUCAUCGCUGACUCCUGGCUCGGAAAAUUCAAGACCAUCAUCUACCUCUCCAUUGUCUAUGUGAUCGGCCAUGUGGUCAAGUCGGUCGGAGCCAUUCCCACUGUGGGAAACAACAACAUGCACAUUGCUCUGUCCAUGGUCGGUCUGAUAUUCAUAGCCUUCGGCACCGGAGGAAUCAAACCCUGCGUGUCAGCGUUUGGAGGAGACCAGUUUGACGAGGAGAACGUCAGCGAGAGGCAGAAAUUCUUCUCCAUUUUCUACAUGUCAAUCAAUGCUGGGAGCCUCUUGUCGACUGUGAUUACACCCAUACUGAGAGGUGAUGUGCAGUGUUUCGGUGGUGACUGCUACGCUCUGGCCUUCGGGGUUCCUGCGGGUCUGAUGGUCGUGGCGUUAGUUGUGUUCAUAGUCGGCAGCGGGAUGUACAAGAAGAACCCUCCCCAGGGAAACAUCCUGUUGGAAGUCUGCAAUUGCAUUGGAUUUGCCAUCAGAAACCGCUGGAGGAGGUCGAAGUAUGAACCCCAGAGGAAGCACUGGCUGGACUGGGCUGAGGACAAGUACUCGAAGCGUCUGAUCCAGGAGAUUAAGAUGGUGCUGCGGGUUUUGGUGCUCUACAUCCCGCUGCCGAUGUUCUGGGCUCUGUUCGAUCAGCAGGGUUCCCGUUGGACACUUCAAGCCACGAGGAUGAACAUGGCUUUUGGAGAUUCCUUCAAUGUUCAGCCCGACCAGAUGCAGAUGUUGAACGCUCUGCUGAUUCUCGUAUUCGUGCCCGUCUUUGACCUCAUCAUAUAUCCGCUGGUCGCCCUCUGCAGAAUCAACAUCACGCCUCUGAGGAAAAUGGCCAUGGGGAUGAUUUUUGCAGCGCUGGCCUUCUGCGCGGCCGCACUGGUGGAGGUGAACGUCGUGAAAACUGUGGUGGAUCCUGCACCUGAAGGGAGCUGUCUCCUGCAGGCCUUCAACCUGGUAGAAGGUAAUGUCAGUGUGAAGAUCCCUGACAGCGACCUGUUUCCAGACCCCAUCCGAUACUGUCAGGACCCUCCUGAGUAUGAAACGCUUCCACUGGGGGCGUCCAGCAAGGAACUGAUCAUUGAAGUCACCUUAGAUGGAACAACUUCAAGGUGUAACCAGACGUUUGAACAAGAAAUGGCCUACAGUCUCAUCCUGUACCCUGAAAGUAAAGAGAUCCGGUGCAAACUCGUGGAAGACUUCAUAAUGAAAGAUACAGAAGGGAAUCCUCUUCUCAGGUUCCUCAACACACAAGCAGAAGCUCUAAACCUGACUGUGGGAGCUGUGACCUUCCACGUGCCCUCUGGUUACACCAUGUCUGCUAACAAGACUGUGGACCGGGGAGAAUACUCAGAUGUCACAUGCAGCCCACAGACAGAGAAUUGCUCUCAUCUUGACGUGGGCCUGCUGGACUUUGGAGCUUCCUACACCGUCAUACUCACUGAGGAACUGGGUAAAAUUGUGACUCACAGGAUGGAAGAUGUGAAGGCCAACGAUGUGCACAUUGCCUGGCAGAUCCCCCAGUACAUCCUCAUAACUGCUGGAGAGGUCAUGUUCUCCAUUACCGGCCUGGAGUUCUCCUACUCACAGGCUCCGGCCAACAUGAAGUCAGUCCUACAGGCAGGCUGGCUGCUCACUGUUGCAUUUGGGAAUGUGAUCGUGUUGAUCGUUGCGGAGGGGGCGGGACUGGAACAGUGGAAAGAGUUCCUGCUGUUUGCCGGCCUGCUGUUGGCCGUCUUCAUCAUCUUCUCCAUCAUGUCCUGCUUCUACACCUACGUCGACCCCGAUCAGAUGGACAAGAUUUACCUGGAGGACUCAGGGAAGGAGGAAGAUGAUGAUGACAACAUGAAGAAAAAAUCUAAUGAGGUGCAAAUGAACAAAAGGGGGAAGAGCACCAGAUUGUAAUUGUGCCGCCAAUGUCUUCACUGCAGCUGAUUAGAUUUGGCUACAAAAGGUGAAGUAUUGGAUCAGUUAGACACGCAGCUAUCAUGUGAAGGUACCGUUUUUAAUUCAGUUUCUUGUCAUGUUUUUGUUUUAAGGUACUUUUUGUGAAAAUGAAGCACUGAGAUGUGAUUGUCGGGACAUUUUUUGUGGUUGGAAGCGCAGUAUUUGUUUGUGACAUCAUUCAAUGUAUUCUCUGAAACCUUUAACACUCCAGUCACUUCAAGAUUUAUAAGCUGAGAACAGGAAUGAAUUUUUCCUAAAUCAGACUGAAUACAUGACAUAGUGUUUAAGACAGGCACAAUAUUGUGUGACUUCCCACAGCAUGAUCAAUAGUGUUAUUACAAAUGAAUGUCAGAUAUUGUAUUCUGUAUAUAUUUGUUGCGUAUUAACUGCAUGUCAGAACGUUUUAUUUUCUACGAUGCUGAAUAAUAACUAGAGACCAUCUUGUAUGGGAUCACACCGGUCACACUAACAAACAUCUGUCCACAGAUGUGCACACCUGCAAAAGUACACAAAUCGCCUGCACUAGGUGUCUCCAGAACCACAUUUUGCCACGAUGACACACAUAUAGACAAUACCAGCCACACGCUGGUAAUUAUAACCUACACGGCCUGACAGCACAUGUUGGAGAAGUGGUUAAGUUUACAUUGUGCGCCUAUAACAAUGAUAUUAAAGGAAAAUAGUUAUUAGUGGUGUGGCACAUCGUAAGCCAAUAAUUAAAAAUUCAGCAUAUGUAUUACCCAUGUAAACCAUUUAUUGUGAUUUACCUUAUUGGUCCUUCAGUUGCAGGCGGGGAUUGUUAUGAAUAGAUCCAUAUUAUUUGCUUCACAAUGUUUCUUUAUCUUCUGGUUUGAGUUUUAGAAAAAACAAAGUUUGUGACAGAGUCCUUGAAUACAUCACCAAGAAAAACAGUGCCUGCUUGCAACUGCAUUGACAUACAGUACUUUAAAAUAGUAAUAGAAAGUUUCAAGUCUUUGAAAGUUGAACUGAAACCAGUUAUUGGCCUGCAAGUGGGAAAUCUAAAAAUUGUAUGAAAAAAAAAAAAAAGUCAGUAUUGUAUUGUGUAUUUUUCAAUACUGGAAAUACUUAACUUUUUCACCGAAGACAUUUUUGACAUGUCGCAGUAAGAAAAGAACAGGUAUAAAUAAUAAAAUUCAGCUGCUCCGGUUUUUCGGGGUCCUGGUAUUGUUUAUGCAGGUUCACUGUCACACUGUCAUGACUUCACCAGGACACUCGAAUAGAACAGAGCCAUUGUUAAUGUUGUUAGUAACACCUGAGCCUUUUCUACAGUGACAAGUCAAAUGUUUAAAUUAUGCUGCUCCCUAUUCUGUAAAAAAAAGACUGUUGUGAUGCUAAAACUUUUUUUUUUUUU